CCCCCGGCGGGCGCUCGCGGUUGUGGGCGGGGCCCGGAGCUGUCCCCCGGGAUCGUCACCAUGGGCAGCAAGAUGGCGGCCGCCACCAGGGCGGUGCAGGUAGUCAAGCCACAUACUCCAUUAAUAAAGUUCCCAGACAGAAAAAGUGGUCCCAGACCUAAAAUACAGGAAUCUCUACAAGCAAGUAUGCCAUCUCCCCCUGCUUCAAAAGCACAGGAAUCUGUAGGAGGCAUAUCACCAGCUUUUCAAAAUAUUUCACCUGUUAGUAGAGUGCAAGGUACACCAGACACUUCUGAAUUAACAAGAACCUUACCUCAGAAAUACAGAAGGAAACUAAUGUCAGAUGAAGAGAUUGAAUAUAUUCAACGUGGAGGUCCAGAAUAAAUUGGCCAUUGUUGAAGAAUGAGAUAUUAUAUUCACAAUAAAGGCAGUUCCUUGAUAUUAAAAACUAUUAUAUACUAAUAGCUUUAAUAAAAUCCCAUAUAAUGGGUGAGAAGAUUGAUCCAACACACAAGAUACUGAUUUGUGACCGAGAAGGAUUUCAUGUUGAUGGCUAAUAGCAACUGAAUAUAUAUGAUGUCUGCACAUUAAAAUAUUUUUCUAAUUAGCCAUUUGAAAAGUCA